GUUUAUCAUUCACCUCACAGUUUAUCAUUUCUGCUGCAAGUGUUCCACUUCCCUCCCAAUACUUAAAACAAUAUGUUCCCAAUGCAAAUCUUCCUCUACCAGUAGAUUUGUCAUAAUACAGUUCAUCGUUUAUACUACAAAGUGUAUCGACUAUAAACUCCUAAUACUAUGGCUUUACAACUAUCAUAUCUUCUCUCCUUGUUGCUUCUUGUUCUGUUGCUGCCAUAUUCCACCACUGCUCAAACUUCCAACAACCAAUCUCUAGGCUCAUCCCUUAUUGCACAAGAAAAAGGCUCUUACUGGGCAUCACCUUCUGGUGACUUUGCUUUUGGUUUCCAGCAAAUUGGAAAUGGAGGCUAUCUACUAGCUAUAUGGUUCAACAAAAUAACUGAAAAAACCAUUGUCUGGUCAGCUAAAAGAGAUACUCUAGUGCCAACAGGAUCCAAAGUUCAACUUACAAAAGAUGGCAAAUUGAUACUCAGUGACCCAACAGGCACAGAGAUAUGGAAUUCUGAGUCAGGUAAUUUAGGAGUUGUCUAUGCAGCCAUGCUUGACACCGGAAACUUUGUACUGGCAAGCCAGGAUGGUGGCCAUUUGUGGCAGAGUUUUGAUCUUCCGACAGACACAAUGUUACCUUCACAAACAAUGAGCCUGGGAAGAAAGCUUGUAGCUCAUUACUCAGAAAGGAAUAACUCUAAUGGAAGGUUCCAGUUUGCACUAAAAACGGAUGGAAAUCUUCAGCUUCAAACUUUAGCAUACCCUUUAGAUUAUUGGUCUAACACUGCUUAUUGGGAAAGUAGAACUAAUGGUAGUGGCUUUCAGGUGGUCUUCAAUGAGUCUGGUUCUAUAUACCUCACAGCUAAAAACGGAAGCAUACUUACGACGGUAUCAUUAAAUUCUGUUUCUAAACAGGACUUCUAUCAAAGAGCAGUCAUGGAAUAUGAUGGAGUUCUUAUACAUUAUGUUUACCAAAAAAGCAGCACUAGUACUUCAAAUGCCUGGUCCAUUUUGUCCUUGCUGCCUAAAAAUAUAUGCGAAAUUGCAGAAGACAUAGGCAGUGGAGCUUGUGGGUUCAACAGCUACUGCGAGCCAGGAGAUGAUGGAAGACCAAAUUGCAAAUGCCCAACAGGAUACACCUUCAUUGAUCCAAAUGAUGUUAUGAAAGGUUGCAGACAGAACUUUCUUCCACAAAGUUGUGAUGAAGCAUCUUCAGAAACCGAUCAGUUUGAUUUAAGUGAAAUGGGAAGUGUAAAUUGGCUCUUUGGCGAUUAUGGACGUUAUGAUGGCGUAACUGAGGAUUGGUGCAGGAAAGCUUGCUUGGGUGAUUGUUUUUGUGCAAUGGCUGUUUUUGGAGGUGGGCGGUGUUGGAAGAAGAAAAGUCCUCUCUCAAAUGGGAAGAAGGACCCCAUAGAAGCUGCAACCAAAGUUCUAAUCAAAAUAAGGAAAGAUAAUUCUACUUUUAACCCAUCAGGUGCAGAUUUGAAGAAGAAAAAUCAUUCAAUUGUGAGACUUAUUCUGUCGGUGCUCCUUGGCAGCUCGAUGUUUCUGAACUUACUCUUGUUGGCUGCCUUUCUGCUUGCUUUUCGUUUCAAAUAUUGGAAACUAAAGGCCCGUAAUCCAUACCCAGUCAAGCCAGUCAUGAAUUUGCGAAGUUACACUUAUGAGGAACUAAUAGAGGCCACAAAUGGGUUCAAGGAAGAGCUAGGGAGGGGUGCCUUUGCGAAAGUUUAUAAAGGGGUUCUAGAAUAUGAGGACAGAAAACUAGUUGCAGUCAAAAGGUUGAAUACUAUGGAGAGAGAAGGCGAUAUGGAGUUCAAUGCUGAAGUGAGUGCUAUUGGAAGAACAAAUCACAGAAAUUUGGUCCAACUACUAGGAUUCUGCAAUGAGGGGGAGCAUCGGCUUCUUGUAUAUGAAUUCAUGAGUAAUGGUUCUCUAGCAAGCUUUCUAUUUGGGGGUUCGCGGCCAUAUUGGCACCAAAGAAUUCAAAUUGCAUUAGAAACGGCAAGAGGGCUCUUUUACUUACAUGAAGAAUGCAGCACCCAAAUCAUACAUUGUGAUAUCAAGCCACAGAACAUCCUCCUGGAUGACUCUUUUUCAGCUAGAAUUUCUGACUUUGGAUUAGCUAAGCUUUUGAAAGCAGAUCAGACUCGUACUACUACUGGAAUCAGGGGAACUAAAGGGUAUGUUGCACCUGAAUGGUUCAGAAACAUGCCUGUUACAAUUAAGGUGGAUGUCUACAGCUUUGGCAUUUUGUUGCUAGAGCUCAUUUGUUGUAGGAAGAGUUUUGAAGCAGAGGCAAAGGAUGAGGAUCAAAUGAUAUUAUCUAAUUGGGCGUAUGAUUGCUAUAAUAACAAGAAACUGGAUCUGUUAGUGGAGAAUGAUGAGGAGGCAAUAGAUGACAUGAAGAGAUUGGAGAAAUAUGUGAUGAUUGCAUUAUGGUGCAUUCAGGAGGAUCCAUCCCAAAGGCCAACAAUGAAGAAAGUGGUACAAAUGAUGGAAGGAUCAAUUGAGGUCUCAGUUCCUCCAGAUUAAUCCUGAUUUAUUAGUUCAAUGUAAAUCCUCUUAUAUAAUUACCAUUUUGGUUGUUUAAGUCUUUAGGCAUGUUUAAUUGUCAAUACUAUCAGCUUGGCAAGUCAAGUAAUAUCCAGGAAUUGGGUACUCUAAUAUGAAUAAUAAUUAUCCAAAUGUCCCAAGAUUUUCAAUAAAAUGACAACUUUCUGUGUCAA